AUGUCUUCCAGUGAUUAUAGCAGCCCACAUAUUGUUGUGACAAGCAGGUCCAGUGAUCCUCAUCGAAUAUAUCAUUAUUAUGGAUGCUAUGAUCCCUUACAAUAUCCUCUUAUGUUCCCAUAUGGUGAAUGUGGGUGGACUCAAGAUAUGCGAAAGAUUUAUAAGGAUUCGGUGCAGGAAGGUUUAAUGGAUGUAGACCCUAUUGCUUCAUGUGCUGUGCAUUCAGAAGAGAGUUUUAUAGAAGAAGAAGCAAAACGUACAGCUGACUCUUCAGGGGACUCUAAAAGGCAUAUUUCUCCCAGGGAAUAUUAUGCAUAUAAACUGCAGAUUAGGCCAGGGAACAUGCUUCUUCGUGGAGGCCGAUGCUUUCAACAAUACAUUGUUGAUAUGUAUGUGAAGAUUGAAAACACAAGACUUGAUUUUUUCCGGCAAAAUCAACAGACAAUACAGGAAGAUUUGUAUCAGGGCAUUCUAGAUACUGUUGAGGAUGGUGAGAAAAGUGCUAGCAAUGUUGGUCGGCGUGUUAUUUUACCACCAACUUUUAUUGGUGGUCCUCGGGAUAUGAAGAAGCGAUACUUAAAUGCCAUGGCUCUUGUGCAGCGGUUUGGAAAGCCAGAUCUCUUUGUCACAAUGACAUGUAAUGCUAAAUGGCCGGAGAUAACAGCUGAAAUUUCUGAGGGAGAAGUUGCAGCUGACUGUCCAGAUGUUGUUGCUCGUGUUUUUAGAGCAAUGUUGAUUGCUUUGAAAAAACAAAUAACAGAAGAAAGAGUUUUUGGAAAGGUGGCUGCCAUGGUAUAUGUUGUUGAAUUCCAGAAAAGAGGUCUGCCACAUGCUCACUUUCUUAUUAUUCUAGAUCAUGGGUAUAAACUUGCUGGUCUUGCAGACUAUGAUAGUUUACACCCUAAUUGUGGAUGCAUGAAGAAGAAAAUUGGAGAUGAAGUUGUUUGUAAAUAUAAUUACCCUAAAUCUUAUUUAGAAGAGACCACAACUAAUGAAGAUGGCUUUCCAUUGUAUAAGAGACGGAAUACAGGAGAGCAUGUAAGGAUACGUGGUGCUACUCUUGAUAACCGCUGGGUCAUUCCUUAUAAUCCAUAUUUGUCAAUGUUGUUUGAUUGCCAUUUAAAUGUUGAAGUAUGUUCCACUAUUCAAGCAGUGAAUUAUCUCUAUAAAUAUGUCUACAAGGGACAUGAUAGGGUUUCAUUCAAUAUUAAUGGAGCAAACAAUCAAGGUGUUGAUGAAAUUGAGAAUUUUCAGGCUGGUAGGUGGGUUUCUCCAUGUGAAGCAGCCUGGAGAAUAUUUGGUUUUGAUCUGUUUGAAAUGACUCCAUCUGUUAUGGUGUUACCAGUUCAUUUGCCUAAUAUGCAAACAAUUUAUUUAAGGUCUCAUGAAAAUCUUGAAUCAUUAGUUCAAGAUGAAAAAAGAAGCAGAACUGGUAGAAAGCCAUUCCCUGGGAGUUCCACCAGCGGCGCUUUAACAGAAUUUUUCAGCUUAAAUGCACACAUUAAUGGGGGUAAAGGGCUGCAAUAUAAUGAAGUGGUAUCAGAAUACAGAUGGGAAUCCAGCAAGAAGAUAUGGAUUAAAAGAAGCCAUAAAAAAAAUGUUGGCAGGAUGGCCUUUGUGGAUCCCGCAGAAGGGGAACGGUUCUUUCUGCGUUUGCUGCUUGGUAAAAUUAUUAGCACUACAUCUUUUGAGCAUAUUAGAACUGUGAAUGGAAUUCUUUAUCCCACUUUUCAAGAAGCUGCAAUAAAACAGGGGUUGUUUCAAGAGGACAAUGCCACCACUGCUUGUUUGGAAGAAGCAGCAGAAGCAUAA